CUUUGCUUUGUCAAUCAACUCUAGCCUCAGCGAAGAGCUCGAUCUAGCUAUCCCCCCCACCCCUCCCCUCUCUGUGGGUCGCACCAUGCUGCAGAGGUGACUGAUGCAGAUAAGAUGGCUGCUGCACCAUCGUCUCGUCCGUUUGAAUAUCUCGAGGGCCUGCCUGGCACGGUCUUCUUCAAGCUUUACCAGCAGCCAUCAACCGCCCUCGCCAUCUUCAGGCGCAUGCUGCCGGACCUGGCAAAAUGUUUUGUGAUGGCCUUGCUGUACCUCAAGGAUCCGCUCCCCGCAGCGGAUCUGGAGGUCUGGGUGAAGUCUGAGAGCUUGAAGGAACGUGAUAAUGCGCUUUCGAUCCUCGGCAGACUACAUAUCCUUUCCAACACCGUCAUCGCCAACAACGUCCGCGCCUAUAUGGUCACCAACCCAUUCGCCGCCUCGCUGCGACACGCGCUCACCGGAGCGGAGCAGAUCCAGUCGUUCGGGGUCGUUGCCGACGCACCGGCGAUCUCCAUCGCCAAUCUGGACGAAUACGCGCGGCGGCAGUGGGAAGGCGUGCUGGGCUACAUGGUGGGGACCAGCGGGCUCGGGAUUCAGCGCGAUGUCAACCUGAGCAAGGGGGUCAAGCAGCUGCUGCAGGCGGGCCACCUGGUCGAGAUCCGCAGCAGCCGCGUGGACAUCACCAAGGACGGGUUCGCCUUCGUGCUGCAGGACGUCAGCACGCAAGUGUGGCACAUCCUGAUCCUGUACGUGGAGAGCGCCGAGGCGAUCGGCAUGGACAGCGUCGAGGUGCUCUCGUUUGUCUUCCUGCUGAGCAGCCUGGAGCUGGGCCAGGCGUACGAAAAGCGCCACCUCACCUCCAACCAGCUCCGCACGCUGUCCGACCUGGCCGACUUCGGCAUUGUCUACCAGGAGUCGCCGGAGGCGGCGCACUUCUACCCGACGCGGCUGGCGACAACGCUGACCUCCGACUCCAGCGCCCUGAGCAACCCCAUUUCCGGAGCCCUGUCCGGCAACCCCACGGGCGAGCCCUCGCCGACUUCCUCUUCUUCUCCCAAUAACGACAGCAACAAAGCCGGCACCGGGUUCAUCAUCAUCGAAACCAACUACCGGCUGUACGCAUACACCUCGUCGCCACUGCAGAUCUCGCUCAUCGCGCUCUUCACGACGUUGAAGUACCGCUUCCCCAAUCUGAUCACCGGCAAGAUCACACGCCAGUCGAUCCGCCGCGCCGUCGAGAUGGGCAUCACCGCCGACCAGAUCAUCUCCUACCUCUCGACCCACGCCCACCCGCAGAUGCGCAAGCACAACACCUCCCGCUCCACCUCCAACCAGGCCGGCAUCCCGCCAUCCAUUCUGCCGCCGACGGUCGUCGACCAGAUCCGUCUGUGGCAGCUGGAGCGCGAUCGCGUGCAGGCCACCGCCGGGUUCCUGUUCAAGGACUUUGUCAGCCUCGCCGAGUACGAGGCCCCCUGUCGGUACGCCGAGGAGAUUGGCGUGCUGGUGUGGAAGUCGGACCGGAAGCGCAUGUUUUUUGUGACGAGGCAUGAGCAGGUGGCGGCUUUUUUGCGGAGUCGGAAGUGAGAAGGAAAAUUAUUACUGCGGUGGAGGGUGUUGCCGCUGCGCGAGGUGAGGUAUGUAUGGUCUUGGGUUGGCGUUCAUGGAUUACCUGACACUCGGAUGGGAUUAUCGAAUACGAGAGAUGAUAGACAGGGUUCCAGGAAAAAUGUACUGUAACAUACUUAGUGGAAUAUAUUCAUGCAAAACCAGAC